UCAGUCCCUCCCCAUCCUGAGGCGUCUCCAUGGAAACUGCAAACGUUACCCAGGGAGGGCAGACGCUUCACCCUGCCCAGGGUUUGCUUUGUCAUAGUGCUUCUUGCAAAAUGCAAUGGGAAAUGUCUCCAGCUGCCCUCGCAGCAUCAAUCCCGCCUGCCUGCAAAAGCCUCCACCCAGUACUUCAACACAGAUCACUCCCAGGCCAGCCACAGCCCUGCCUCUUGCGACAGAGACUGGGUCUGCUGGGUAGUUUUGUCUGCACAACCAGCAGUGAAACACACGCCCAUAGCCUAUCACCCUGCAGCCAAUCUCUGUCUCCUGGACACUGCCUAAGAAUGAGAGUAGGGGCCACUCCAGCUAGAAGGGAAGCUGUCCCGUGCUGGCCUCGCUUCCCACAUGGCUUUUAGCCCCACCCCAGCCUCCCAGCCUUGUUAUCUGAUUGGCCCCCAGGAGCCUCCCCUGGAGGCCGAGAGGACUUGGUCACAGGUUAACAAGUUUCACAGAGGAGGAGGAAGGAAGUUGUUGAGUGUGGCAGCCGAAGCAGGCGACAACUGCAGGAGCAGGUCUGAAACCAGCCUUCUCCAGACUCCCCACUGGGGCUUGCCAUGCAGGGUCAUCAGCACCAAGAGGAGGGAGAGGUGAAGGAAGAGCCUAGUCCUGAAAGCGCCUUUGAGAAGAGCCCCUUCCAGCUGACAGCAGAGGAUGUCUAUGACAUUUCCUACCUGGUGGGCAGGGAGAUCCUGAAAAUAAGCAGCGAGCCCCAGGGGGAGGUGCCCACCAGGGUCGCCCAGUUGCAGUUCAAGAUAGUGAGGAUUCUGGAAAUGCUGGAAGCUUUGGUGAAUGAGAGUAACCUGACAGUGGAGGAGCUGAAGAUGGAGAGAGACAAUCUCAGAAAGGAGGUGGAGGGACUCAGAAAGGAGGGUCCCCCAGGGAAUGCAGAGCAGCUGAGCCUUGGACCAGACAAAAUGAUAAUAGAUCUCACAGAUCCAAAUCGUCCACGGUUCACGUUGCAGGAGUUGAGAGAUGUGCUGCAGGAACGUAACCAGCUGAAAGCACAACUUCUUAUUACACAAGAGGAGCUACAGUGCUUUAAGAGUGGCAUCAUUUCACAGAGGGAGGACCAGGCUGGGCCAAUGGAAAAGGAAUCCACUGUCUGCAGUCCUUCUGGCUCAAGCAAAUCUAACGAAGAGAAAACAAUCAUAAAGCGUCUGUUCUCUUUUAAAUACGGAAAACGAAUAUGACUGAGAAUUUAGCCACUUCUGCUCCAAAAGUUGCAGCCUAUAAAGCCCUUGAGAAGAAGCAUUUGAAGGAAAAGAAUCAGUUUCACUGUAGAGAAGAGGCCACAUCUCAAGAACAUGUAUUUGUAUAAUACUUUCAGAUUUUGCUUUUUUAAAUAACAUUUCUGACAAUGUUUGUAUUAAGGAAUAAGUGUUGUUUUCUCCUCUUGUAAAGGAUGGCAGACUUCCUCUAGACAUAUCCAGGCGGAUGGGGUACGGAAUAAACCUUUUUUAUAUAGUGA